AUGGCAUCCCUGGAUCAGAGAAAAAGGAAUUGGGAUAUAGAGUACCCAUCCUUUCCAGGAGAGAAGCCACUGCAGCUCAGAAGAGCAGGUCUCAGGACAGCAGGGGCAGCUGCCUCCCUCUCUAAAGCAUGGCUCAGGUGUGGAGAAGGAUUUCAGGACACUUCUGGAACUCCGUCAUUAACAACUGAAAAGAAGACUGUUACAGAAAAGCAUCUUGAAUUAUCCCCUAGACCCAAGAAAGAAACUACCACAUCUAAGAGUACCAGUGGGCUUACGGAUAUAACAUGGAGUUCCAGUGGAAGUGAUUUGUCAGAUGAGGAUAAGACACUUUCUAAAUCACAGAGAGAUAAUGAACAUGAUGAGUUACAGUUUAUUGACUGGGAAAUCGACAGUGACAGGGAAGAUGCUAGUGACUGUAACGAAUGUGACAAUGGCGAGGGUGCUGUGGACAUCUCAGACUGCGCUUCUUGUGCAAGUGGUCAUUCUCUGACAAGUGACGGGAGGCUGUCUGAGCUUCCCAAGAGGCGGGCUAGCAGAAAGACUGAAUGGACUGCAGAAUCGAGAGAGAUCUGCCAUUUCUUUGUGGAGACAUCAGUGUGUUUCUUACCAAAAGACACUUUCAGGUAA